GCAACCAUCGGCAUUGAUUUCCUGUCAAAGACCAUGUACCUUGAAGACCGUACACUGCGGCUGCAACUGUGGGAUACGGCUGGGCAGGAACGCUUCCGAUCGCUCAUCCCCAGUUAUAUCCGAGACUCGUCCGUGGCCGUCAUUGUAUACGACAUCACAAAUCGCAAUUCGUUUCUGCAAACGUCAAAGUGGAUUGAGGAUGUCCGUGCGGAACGGGGCAACGACGUCAUCAUUCUUCUGGCCGGAAACAAAACCGAUCUGGAAGAAAAGAGACAAGUAUCUAAGGAGGAGGGUGAGCAAAAGGCCAAAGAACUGAACGUUAUGUUCAUCGAAACGAGUGCUAAAGCUGGUUACAAUGUAAAGCAAUUGUUCCGACGGGUCGCCGCCGCGCUCCCAGGCAUGGAGAACACACCAGAGAAGAAUGCAAACGAUUUGGUGGACGUGAAGCUGACUACAGACAAUAAGCCCGUGGCCGAAGCGGGUGGGUGUGCUUGCUAGACCAUAAUUCCUACCGAAGCAUUAGGGAGUUUAUUCCAUAGGCACCAUACCUACCAAAGUUUGUUUUGAUCUCCGGAAAUGGGACACAUGUCAAUGUAGCCAAAGGUGUGUGCAUCUCCUGGCCAUCGCCUCCAGCUCUGCAGACCGAGUACAAACGCUACUGAUCGUACCCGAACAAUUAAAUUGAUGAAAUACUGCGCUAUUUACAUCCGGUCUCCGAAUUGAUGCGUGUGUAUCAAUAUCUAUGUAUAUGUGCAUGUACAUGUACAUGAAUAUGACUUUAUAUUAUAUUAUGUAUAUAUAUAUGGGUGCG